GGAUAUACCAACAACCUGAUGAAUACCAAACCUUUUUGUUUCAUUGCUUCACCCAUCUUCAUAAUCUUGCUUGCUUACUGCAUUUAAAGAAACAGAGGAACUCAAUGACCCAACCCACGCUUUUUUCCUUUAUUUUCUUCCUAACAAACCUGCUCGUCUCUGGAAAACACAUACCAACUACUUUACAAGGUCCAUUUCAUCCUAUAACUAUCCAUUUCGAUCCGUCUUUACGUCGAGGCAGCGAUGACAUACCCAUGGAUGAUCCAAGGCUGAAGAAGAAUGUGACCUCUAUGUUCCCUGAACAAAUUGCUCUUGCUUUAUGCACUCCAACUUCAAUGUGGGUGUCCUGGGUUACUGGGGAUGCACAGAUUGGUCCCAAUGUGACUGCACUUGAUCCUACAUCAGUUGCCAGUGAGGUUUGGUAUGGCAAAGAAAGUGGCAAGUAUAGUAGCAAAAAGAGAGGAAAUGCAACUGUUUAUAGCCAAUUGUACCCCUUUGAGGGGCUCUUCAAUUAUACCUCUGCCAUCAUUCACCAUGUCAGAAUUGAUGGCCUGGAACCAGAGACAAAAUAUUACUACAGGUGUGGAGAUAGCUCACUUCCAGCUAUGAGUGAAGAGCAUGUGUUUGAAACUUUACCAUUACCUGCUCAAAAUUCAUAUCCUCGUAGAAUAGCAGUUAUAGGAGAUUUAGGUCUAACCAGAAAUUCAUCAACAACCAUUGAUCAUCUGUCAAAGAAUGACCCUUCAUUGAUCUUAAUGGUUGGAGACUUGACCUAUGCUAAUCAGUACCUUACAACUGGUGGGAAAGGUGUUCCAUGCUUUUCAUGUGCUUUCCCAGAUGCACCAAUUAGGGAGACUUAUCAACCUCGUUGGGAUGGAUGGGGAAGGUACAUGGAGCCACUGGUCUCAAGAGUUCCUAUGAUGGUCAUCGAGGGAAACCACGAAAUCGAACCUCAAGCAGCUGGGAUCACUUUCAAAUCAUACUUGACAAGGUUUGCAGUUCCAGCUAAGGAGUCUGGCUCUAGCAGUAACCUUUAUUACUCUUUUGAUGCUGGAGGGGUACAUUUCAUUAUGCUCGGGGCUUAUGUUGACUACAAUAGUACAGGAGCUCAAUAUGCUUGGCUAAAGGAAGACUUACGCAAAGUAGAUCGAACAGUAACCCCAUGGCUUGUAGCAGCUUGGCAUCCACCAUGGUAUAAUAGUUACUCCUCACAUUAUCAGGAAUUUGAAUGUAUGAGGCAGGAAAUGGAACAACUUUUAUAUCAUUAUGGCGUUGAUAUCGUAUUUUCCGGCCAUGUUCAUGCUUAUGAGAGGAUGAACAGAGUGUAUAAUUAUACUUUAGAUGCUUGUGGACCUAUCUACAUAACAGUCGGAGAUGGCGGGAACAUCGAGAAAGUAGAUGUUGAUCAUGCAGAUGAACCUGGAAAAUGCCCUUCACAAGGAGACAAUAUGCCAGAGAUUGGAGGUGUGUGCCACUUGAAUUUCUCAUCUGGUCCGGCUAAAGGCAACUUUUGUUGGGACAGACAACCAGAGUGGAGUGCAUAUAGAGAAAGCAGCUUCGGGCAUGGAAUCCUUGAGGUUUUGAAUUCGACAUACGCAUUGUGGAGUUGGCACAGAAAUCAGGAUACAUACAAGGAGGAUAGUCCUGGCGAUCAAAUCUAUAUAGUGCGACAGCCUGACAUAUGCUCUCCAUCAACAUCCUUAAAAUUCUUUUUUGUCUUUUUGGUCAUGACAGGGAAACAAUGAGUCGGAACAAGUAAAAGGAGCAGCCGUAUCUGCUAAAUGCUUAUGUGUACUAUUACUCUUCAUGGUUGCCUUCGUUAUCUAUCAACUAUUGCUGUGUGAUUAGCAUAGACCAGAGGAAUGAUUUGCCAAUGUUACCCUUCUAAGACCAUAUAAAUAUAUUUUAAGGACACGUACCACUCUAUUAAUAUUGCUGGUGAGUCUAAUUAUUUUAUACACUUGGAAUAUAAAAGAAAAAAGAGUUUCGGAAGGAGGUUGAGGAUGUUACCAUAUGUUUGUGUUUUUUUAUAAAGAUGCAUGAUAAUUGAAGUUUCAUAUUUUAGUGACAA